AUGCCGACAAUGUGGUUAACAGAUUCGCAGAAGAUCGGAGUCGCCUUCUGCUCUGGCGGAGGUUUCUUCCUAGUUGGAGGAGUGAUGCUCUUCUUUGAUAGAGCUAUGCUCGCCAUGGGAAACAUCCUCUUCCUCAUCGGCCUGACCAUCAUCAUCGGACCCCAGAAGACGCUUCUCUUCUUCACGCGGAAACAAAAGGCUAAAGGCACGGCGGCCUUCUUCAGCGGGCUGCUGCUGAUUCUCAUGAAAUGGCCCCUGAUCGGGUUCUGUGUGGAGCUGUACGGCAUCGUGGUGCUGUUUGGCGACUUCCUGGGCACGAUAGCUGGGUUCGCGAGGAAUGUCCCGGUCAUUGGCCCUUACAUUGGUGUGCUCAUUGACAAGAUCGGGCUGGGGAGACGGAAUGCCGAGUUGCCGGUAUAA